UGGAGACAGGAGGAGGAGAGAGUAGAGAAGAAGAAAAGAAUUAGUGUGCCGAAGAAAAUCCGAGUUCCCUUUCUUGACGAUUCACAUCCUUUUUCUCAUCAUUAUUAUUAUUAUUUUCUUCUUCUUUGUAAAUUGUAUCCACUUCGAGAAAACCAUCGAAGAGCCUAAGCUUUUGAUUCUGAUCCUUCAGAUCGUGAACGUGAUCGCCUUCAGAUCGUGAUUUUCCGCGUUCUCCACGUUGAAUCUCAUGGACAGUCACCAUCACCACCUCCACCACCUCCAGUACCUCCACCACCAUCAGACGCAGACGCAGAGUAUGGCGGUGGAGGCGACGGCAGGAGGAGGAGGGGAUAGGUUUCCGCAGUGGAGCGUGGAGGAGACGAAGGAGAUGAUAGGGAUAAGGGCAGAGCUUGAUCAGACGUUCAUGGAAACUAAGAGGAACAAACUUUUGUGGGAAGUUGUCUCCAACAAGAUGAGGGAUAAGGGUUUUCUUCGCAGCCCUGAACAGUGCAAGUGCAAGUGGAAGAACCUCUUCACUCGCUUCAAGGGAUGUGAGACGAUGGAGCCGGAGAUGGCGAGGCAGCAAUUCCCGUUCUAUGAUGAUAUGCAAGUGAUUUUCACAUCAAGAAUGCAGAGAAUGUUAUGGGCAGAAGCCGAAGGAGGAGGAGGGGGAGUAGGAACUAGUGGCAAGAAGAAAGCCAGCUCAGAGCAGUUUUCCUCGGACGAGGAAGAUGAGAAUGUAAACGAAGAGAUGGUGAGUGAGGAACUGAUAGGAGAUGUAAUCAGCAGAAACCCGAAAAAGCAAAAUCCGAGGAAGAACGUUCAAAAGAAGCGAAAGGGCGGUCUCAGUAGUGGCAGUAGUUAUGGUAAUAUGGGUAUGAGGGAGGUGUUGGAAGAGUUUGUGAGGCAACAACUGAGAAUGGAGAGGGAAUGGAGAGAGGCGUGGGAGGCGAGAGAGAAGGAGAGAGCGGAGAAGGAGGAAGAGUGGAGGAGGAAGAUGGAGGAUCUCGAGAAGGAGAGGUUGGCCAUGGAGCGAAUGUGGCGAGAGAAAGAGGAGCAGCGACGUGCGAGGGAGGAAGCGAGGGCCGAGAAGAGGGAUGCCCUUAUCAAUGCUUUGCUCUCCAAAUUCACAAGAGAAGGUUCUCUCUGAUUUAGAGCUCUAAAAUGAUUUGAUCAUUUUUUGUUUCUCUUCAUUAGAAAACGAGGACCAAAUCAUUUAAUUUAAACCGAGUUCCGAUGAUUAUGGACAUAGGACAGUUGAAGAAGAUAAAAAGGAUAACAACAUUUAGCUUCAAUAUUAUCAUUAGAGGAAAAUGGAUGCCUUUCUAAAAUGACUUGGUCACCAAGGUUCCCUCUCUCUCUAUUUCUUUAACUUAGUUUUUUUUUUUUUUUGUGGGUUAAAGCUUCUGAUCUUUAAGGUUAGAAUCCAACACGCAAAUGUCAUCAAAGGACAUUUAAUUUUUACCUGUUUAUAGUAGGAGUUACUUGGAUGAGUUAUAUAGAUACGUGGAUUUAAGUUAUGAUCAAAUAAUAUAUAUAUUUUUUUAUUA